AUGGGAAAAACUCUAGUAUGUUUCCUCUUCUUUUUCAUCUCAAUCCAGAUGAUAGACUCUAUUAUUUUGUUUAGGCAUUUUAACAUCGAAAUUUAUAAUGAUCUUGGAGGUAAACAAAAACUAAUGGUCCAUUGUAAAGACAAAGAAGGAUCGACUGAAGUCGUAUUUCUUCGCUCCCAUAUACGAUUGAGAGUCCGAAUUAUAAUUUUCCCAAGAACUUUAAUAUGGUGUAACUUAUGGAAGGGACCUAAUUAUGAGCAGCAUAUGAGAUUUACCGCAUUUGUUGAGACGGAGAGUUUCAUACAUGACGUAUGUGGGAGUAGGAAGCCUAACGUGUGUUUCUGGCAAGUGCAAGACGACGGAGUAUGGGCACGUCAUAAUCCAACCGGAGCUCUUAAGCUUAUGUACAAGUGGGAUCACAAACUCUGA